AUGACUUUGACAGUGCAGCUAUCUACGCCCGCUACGGGCAAAUAUGACCAGCCAAUUGGCCUGUUUAUCAACAACGAGUGGGUUGAGGGUGUCGACAAGAAAAAGUUUGAAGUCAUCAACCCCUCUACCGAGGAGGUCAUCACCUCUGUCUGCGAAGCUACCGAGAAGGAUGUCGACCUCGCCGUCGCCGCCGCCCGCAAGGCCUUCGAAACCACUUGGAAGGAAACGACCCCGGCGGAACGCGGCGUGUUGAUGAACAAACUCGCCGACAUUGCCGAGAAGAACACCGAACUCCUCGCCGCUGUCGAGUCUCUCGACAAUGGCAAGUCCAUCACCAUGGCCAAGGGCGAUGUUGGCGCAGUCGUCGCCUGCAUCCGCUACUAUGCCGGCUGGUCCGACAAGAUCCACGGCAAAACUGUCGACGUCGCCCCCGACAUGCACCACUACGUCACGAAGGAGCCUAUUGGUGUCUGCGGUCAGAUCAUUCCCUGGAACUUCCCUCUUCUCAUGCUUUCCUGGAAGAUUGGCCCUGCCCUGGCCACUGGCAACACCAUCGUCAUGAAGACUGCUGAGCAGACUCCCCUCUCUGCCCUCGUCUUUGCCCAAUUUGUCAAGGAAGCUGGCUUCCCUCCUGGUGUUUUCAACGUGAUCUCUGGUUUCGGCAAGACCGCCGGUGCCGCCCUCUCCGCUCACAUGGACGUAGACAAGAUCGCUUUCACCGGUUCCACCCUCAUCGGCCGCACCAUCCUCAAAGCUGCUGCUUCCUCCAACCUCAAGAAGGUCACUCUUGAGCUCGGUGGCAAGUCCCCCAACAUCGUCUUCAAUGAUGCCGAUAUUGAGUCUGCCAUCUCCUGGGUCAAUUUCGGCAUCUACUACAACCACGGUCAGUGCUGCUGUGCUGGUACUCGCAUCUUUGUCCAGGAGGGCAUUUACGACAAGUUCCUCGAGGCUUUCAAAAAGCGCGCUGCCGCCAACACUGUCGGUGACCCCUUUGACACCAAAACUUUCCAGGGUCCUCAGGUCAGCAAGCUCCAGUACGACCGCAUCAUGAGCUACAUCCAGUCUGGCAAGGAUGAGGGUGCCACUGUCGAGAUCGGUGGUGAGCGUCACGGCGACAAGGGCUUCUUCAUUAAGCCCACCAUCUUCUCCAACGUUCGCUCCGAUAUGAAGAUUAUGCAGGAGGAGAUCUUCGGCCCCGUCUGCUCCAUCUCCAAGUUCUCCACCGAGGAGGAGGUCAUCAAGCUUGGCAACGAGACCACCUACGGUCUCGCCGCUGCCGUUCACACCAAGGAUCUCAACACCAGCAUUCGUGUCAGCAACGCCCUCAAAGCUGGUACCGUCUGGGUCAACUGCUACAACCUCUUGCACGCCUCGGUUCCCUUUGGAGGCUUCAAAGAGUCUGGAAUCGGUCGUGAAUUGGGUGAAGCGGCCCUCGAUAACUAUCUACAGACAAAGUCAGUCACUGUCCGUCUGGGAGGCCCAAUGUUCGGAUAG